UGGAGCAGACUAUUUGUUCACAGCGCAGAGAGAGACAAGACACACUGAAGAGAUCUGGGAGACAAGAGGUCUCCAACUGAUUGGCUAAGAAUUAUAAUCAAUUGACUAAUUGAUUGUCUACGAUAUGCACUGUUGAGGACAUCACACAUUCCACCGAGAGACCCGGGUGCUGCUGAUCGACAUCGAUAACUGUCAUUAAACUCAUUAGGAACCAAACGAAACAAAAACGGAGAGGGACCUAGCUGAAUUUGUCCGAAAGAAACUUGUUUUCAUCGUAAAAUGUUUUACGUUUGGAUUAAACAGUUUCUGAAUGUUUUUGCUACGGUGUGUGACUAAUGAAUACACCCCUAAACUAGUGUGACUGAUGUUAUCCAACUGGACUAUGUAAAGAGCAACAGAGCUCAGCCAGAGAACAGAUACUCCAGUUCUAUUCCCUCUGUUCCUUGUGUGGAUUUACAGAACGUCAAAUAACUCGGACACGCCGCCCGUCUGCUAGAACCUCAGAUAUUCUCCUGCUGAGAAGACUAAACCUCAAUAGAGGUUGACAAGACGAUAACUGAUAACCUCUCCUCGUCUCCUUGGACACCGAAAGAUAACAAGCCUGUUAACCUCUCCUCGUCUCCUUGGACACCGAAAGAUAACAAGCCUGAUAACCUCUCCUCGGACACCGAAAGACAACAAGCCUGUUAAUCUCUCCUCGUCUCCUUGGACACCGAAAGAUAACAAGCCCGAUAACCUCUCCUCGUCUCCUUGGACACCGAAAGAUAACAAGCCCGAUAACCUCUCCUCGUCUCCUUGGACACCGAAAGAUAACAAGCCCGAUAUCCUCUCCUCGUUUCCUUGGACACCGAAAGAUAACAAGCCCGAUAUCCUCUCCUCGUUUCCUUGGACACCGAAAGAUAACAAGCCCGAUAUCCUCUCCUCGUCUCCUUGGACACCGAAAGAUAACAAGCCCGAUAUCCUCUCCUCGUCUCCUUGGACACCGAAAGAUAACGAGCCCGAUAACCUCUCCUCGUCUCCUUGGACACCGAAAGAUAACAAGCCCGAUAUCCUCUCCUCGUCUCCUUGGACACCGAAAGAUAACGAGCCCGAUAACCUCUCCUCGUCUCCUUGGACACCGAAAGAUAACAAGCCUGAUAUCCUCUCCUCGUCUCCUUGGACACCGAAAGAUAACAAGCCCGAUAACCUCUCCUCGUCUCCUCGGACACCAAUAAAAGUGAAAGUCAAGUCUAGUUGAUUGUUGUUCCUGUAUCCUAAACAUGUCUCCAUCGAGGUCUGUGGAGCCUCCUCUCUCCAGUGGGCAGUCUGUGUCUGGUCAGUCUGUGCCUGGUCAGUCCGUGCCUGCUCCUCUGUCCAUCUCCUUCUCUGGAUCGGGGUUCCUGGCUACGUACCAGUUGGGUGUGGCCCAGAGCCUGCGGGACCGGUCCCCCAGGGUGUUGCAGACGGCCCCUAAGGUCAUGGGGGCCUCGGCCGGGUCUCUGGUGGCUGCUGCCGUAGUCUGUGGCUCCAGUCUGGACAUGGUGCGUGAUGAGAUGCUGAGGUUUGCGCGGCAGAUGAGGGGCCGUGUCCUGGGGCCGCUGCACCCUGCGGGGAACGUGUCUGUGUGGAUAGAACGCAUGCUGCGCCUCUUGCUACCGGCCGACGCCCACAUCAGGGCCAGCGGACGCCUGGCCAUCGCCAUGACACGCAUCCCAGAUGGACAGAACAUCAUGGUGUCAAAGUUCACGUCCCGAGAAGACGUGGUGCAGGCGCUGUUGUGCGGUUGCUUUCUGCCUGGGUACUGUGGUAUACAGCCACCAAGAUACAAAGGAGUGCAUUACGUGGACGGCGGUUUCUCCAGUAUCCAGCCGACCAACUCCUGCCCAAUUGGCCACACCCUCACCGUGUCUCCAUUCGCUGGUGAGACGGACAUCUGCCCAAAGGACCCCGCCCCACUGUGUGACAUCGUGGUGAGCGGAGCGUACCUCCACUGCAGUCUUGUCAACGGUUACCGGAUACUACACGCCAUGUACCCCUACGACUGGGAGGCUCUGGACAAGGCCUACCACAGUGGAUACAGAGACGGCCUUCACUUCCUACAAACCAGUGACCUGGUCCCAUGUCUGCCACUUCUUAACACCCCAUCAGAGCCUCACUUCUCACCUCCUCCUGAUGGAUGGACAGAUCUGGAGACAGACCUGGAGGAGGAGGAGGAGGAGGAGGAGGAAGAAGAAUGGGUGGAUGAGGUGAAUGUGUGGUCCUCCCAGACAGAGACCAGAGGCAGUCAGAGAAACUGUUAUCUUGAAGGCGGAGAUCUACCUUGGCAUCUGGCAAGCCUGGAGCAGGCCAUUUACCUAGCCCUGCCCAGCUGGAUAAACACAGCGUUGCUAUGCAACAUCAUGGAGUUGCUGUGGACUCAUCCCCUACUCCGUGUGAUGUCAUACCUGCUCCUCCCCUUCACCGCGCUACUCAGCUUCCUGAUUGAAAAUACACACAGGAUGGGAGUUUUAGGGUUCUGGCUGUGGCAGGAUCUACGCCAGAUCAGCUUCUAUUUCAUGGACAUCCUGGUCUCCAGCCUCCGCAGAAACCUACAGAUCAGACUCCAUCACAAUCUUACUCUGCUUGGAUCUGCAGCGAGAGAAGGAGGCGGAGACGGCCCCCACCAUACAUCUCUAUCCUGGGCUGAAAGAGGGGAGGAUGAUGAAAGAGAGACCUUGGUUGACCCCCCCGGCACCCCAUCCUAAUAAAACAGACCUUGGUUGACCCCCCUAGCCCCCCAUCCUAAUAAAACAGA